AUGGCGGCGCUCGGCGGUAUGCUUGCUGCUGCCAUGCUCAAGGUGGUGGGUGACCAGGUUGGUUCUCUGAUUGGAGGUCAGAUCGCGCUACAGAUGAAUUUGGACAAGGACCUCAAGAAGAUGAAGAUGGCGCUGGAGUCUGUCACGGCAGUGCUCAAGGUCGCGGAGAGGCAGUCCAUCACCGACAAACUGACGGGUCUUUGGCUGAAGCGGCUCAAGGACUUCUUGUAUGAGGUCUCUGACAUGAUUGAUGAGUUCGAAGCAGAUAUACAAGCCAUCACCCAGCCAUCUGCGUGCAAGUUCUUCUCCUUCAAAAAAUAUUUGGCGUUCAUGAUCCCUUGUCUCACAAUUGGCCCCAACAUUACAAUGGCCAAUACGAUGAAGAACAUGAGGAACAACCUCAAGGUCAUAACAGAUCAACACAAGGAAUUCAAGUUAACAGACUGCACUAAUGCCAAUGAGCCAAAGGUGACUGAUAUACGGGAAACAUCAUCAACCCUGGAGACACAAAUCGUUGGGAGGACUGAGGAGAGAGAUAUAAUAUUGGUUUCUUUAUCUGAGAGCAUGACAGAAGAUAUCACAAUCCUUCCUAUAUAUGGCAUUGGAGGCCUUGGCAAGACAACCUUGGCAAAAAUGGUUUACAAUAGUUCCCAGUUCAAUGAAUACUCUCAAGUGUGGGUUUACGUGUCUCAGACAUUUGAUUUGAUCAAAAUUGGCGACUCUAUAAUAUCACAACUAUCAGAGAAAGAUAAAGAGAGUGGGUACACUGGAAAGCAGAUGAUCCGUAAUUCCCUUGAAAAGCUCCUUGCCAACAAGAAGAUUCUGAUUGUUUUAGAUGACCUGUGGGAAGACGACAUAUCUCAGUUGGAAGAACUGAAAGAUAUGUUAAAAGUUGGGGAGAGCAGUAAGGUGGUUGUUAUAGCAACCACACGGACUGAAGGUAUUGCAAAGAAGAUAUCUACCAUACGACCAUAUAAAUUAGCACCCUUAACUGAUGAUAUGUGUUGGUCUAUUAUAAAGCAAAAGAGUGCAUUUGAAUCUAGAGGUGACAAAGAGCAAUUGGUGGAAAUAGGGAAGGUCAUUGCAAUGAAGUGUGCGGGUGUGGCUUUAGCAGCUAAAUCACUUGGACACACGCUUUAUAGUGUUAUGCCUUCAUAUCUGAAGCUAUGCUUUGCCUAUUGUGCAAUAUUUCCAAAAGGUCACGAGAUACUUAAAGAUGAUCUUAUUCAUCAUUGGGUUUCUCUUGGUUUCUCUACUCGGGAGCUUGGCGAGAGAUACAUUAGUCAGCUUUUGGGCCUUUCUUUUCUUGACCAUUUCAAGUCAUCAACGACUUUUGAGCUAUAUGAUGAAGAUGUUAUAUUGUUGACCAUGCAUGACCUGGUGCAUGAUUUAGCAAGAUCUGUCAUGGAGGAUGAAAUUAUUUUUGUUGGCAAUAUCAAUAAUGCUGAAGGAAGCCGCUACCACUAUGCAUUGCUAGAUGAUUGUAGCAAGCCAUUGGGAUCAGACUUAUCCAAGAUAAGAGCGUUGCGUUUUAUGGAUUGUGACAAAUAUGAACUUCAUGAUGCUGCAUUUUCAUCUGCCAAGUCUUUGCGUGUCUUGGACUUAAGUGAGUGCACCAUAUAUACGUUGGCAGAUUGUAUUGGUGAACUGAAGCAAUUGAGAUAUCUUAAUGCUUCAAGAGUCCAAGAUGCAAAGAUUCCGGACAGUAUCACCAAGCUCUCAAAAUUGAUUUAUCUGAAUCUUCAUGGAUCUCCUACAAUCUUAGCAUUAUCAGAGUCAAUUGGAGAAAUUGAGAGUCUAAUGUAUCUUGAUUUGUCAAGUUGUUCGGGAAUUACAAAACUGCCAGAAUCAUUCAGGAGGCUACAAAAAUUGGCGCAUUUGGACUUAUCAAAUUGCUCAUCUGUGGAAGGAAUAUCAGUGUUCUUGGAGAGUCUCACAGAGCUAGAGUAUUUGAACUUAUCAUACUGCCCAAAUAUCGGAGAUAUACCAGAAGUUCUGGGCAGCCUAUCCAAACUGCAGUAUUUAAACUUAUCAAACAGCUCAUAUCUUCAAUGUGGUAAAGAAGCAGAAUUUUUGGGUGCCCUCACAAAACUCGAGUAUUUGAACUUAUCUUCAAGGGAAUGUGGACUCAAAAAGCUCCCUGAAUCUUUGGGCGGAUUCAGUCAACUCAAGUACUUAAACUUAUCAGGUUGGCGAGAUAUGAAAAAAUUGCCAAGAUUAUUUGGGAGUCUGAAGAAUCUGCGCCAUCUUGACUUAUCACGUUGUUAUAUGGUUGAUGGUGUACAUGAAGCUUUGGUUGGUCUUACCAGUCUGCAAUAUUUGAAUUUAAAAGAAACACACGUCAGUUCCCUGCCAGAUGAUCUGACCAAGCUCCGGUUACCUCAACUCGGUAGCAGUGCAAUAUCGUUACCACACUUUGUGGUGCGUGCUGGUAAUGAUGGAUCUAGCAGCAAUCUUGUCCUGCUAAAGUCCACAGAUCCUUCUGAGCUGGAGAUAACUAAACUCGAAAAUGUGAAGUCCGCACGAGAGGCACAUAGUAUAAAAUUAAUGGAAAAGCAAAGCAUUCGGAAGUUGAAACUGGAGUGGACUCAAGGUGUUGACAGAUUUGUGGAUGACAAACUGUUGCUGGAAAAACUAGUGCCUCCAAGCACGCUGAGUAGAUUGGAGAUAAGUGGUUAUAACAGUGUCUGCUUUCCAGGCUGGGUAGUGGGCCAACUACCAAACCUGGACUCACUGGUUCUCAGAGAUAUGGCAAAUCUGGAAGAGUGGGACACUUCAUACUCCACCGGUGAGGAGAACGUGUUAAAAGUAGUAGGAAUAAAUGGUUGCCCAAUGCUAAGGAUGAAAGGGCCUCUGCCUAAAUCUGAACAGUGGGAGAUAAUAUGCAGUGAUAAUGUGUUAUCAUCAUGGGAUGAGUGCAUUGUGUCACACACCAGUGCUUCCUCCUCUUCUCCAGUAACUACUAUGUUGUCAGUUAGAGACUGCAAGGGGCCUCUGCAUGAGUGGAGGUUGCUUCGACACUUCCCCGGACUCCCUUCUUUGUCUAUUGCCAAUUGUGGCGAUCUAACCGGCUCACCAGAUAUCAUCCAACUACUAUCCUCUUUGGAGGAACUAUGGCUACAAGACGAAGACAUGGAAGAACUGCCAAUAUGGUUGGGCGAGCUCCCAUCCCUAAAGAAACUGAUUAUAAUGGGUAGCCAUGGUGUAAAGGAGUUGAAUGAGAACAUGAGGCAACUCACAAAGCUUGAAUCACUAACACUGAGCGGCUGCAGAAGCAUAUCUGCACUGCCACAUUGGAUAGGCGAAUUAACCUCUCUCAAGGAACUUUUCAUAGAAGACAAUUAUGGCUUGAUGUUUUUGCCCGCAAGCAUACAACAGCUCACCAGCCUCCAGCGAAUAGGAUUGGGUUGGUGCUAUGCAUUAGAGCACGUGGUUGCUGAACCAGAGGAGGGAAAGAUGAAGCUCACUCACAACCAAGAAAGGGAAUCUGCCCUGCCCACCUCUCUAAAGAGACUUUGUCUGAGUGGAUGUGAUGGUAUCAAGUCUUUUCCUGAGGGAAUACAUCAACUCACUAACCUACAAAUAACGGGGUGCCCUGGACUAAAGGAAUGGUGUGAAUUAGAGGAGACAAAGGCCAAGCUGGCUCGCAUAGAAAAGAAGAGAUAUUUAUCUACUUGGCAUUCCAAUUUCCCUUUUGUUUAA